CUGCAGUCUGAGCAUGGCACCGCUUGCUCUGAGCCGUCAUCACUUGGAUGUGGCGGCUGGAUGGUGCAACUCGUGGCUCAGUUGGCAGUUUCACAGUCACUAGCUCAAUUGACAAACCUGUAAAACGACGUAACGCAACACCAGACUAUCUUUCACUGCAAACGAGCUUCUGGGCGCGGCGAUCUCCACACCGUCCAUUUCCACUCCGCACAAUCAUGUUCUUAUCGAUGCUCGAGCAGUUCAUUCGUCAUGCGUCCGCGUUUGCGCCAAGGAUCACAUCACCUGCUGGGACUGGGCAUCGUGCCGAAUUACGAGGUGGGUAUUCUACGGCAAAGUGACUGAGACCUAACACGGUGGUGGCCGAUGGCUCUACUGUCAAGAUGCGAUGAUUUGCCCUGGCCGCCAAUCCUACCAGACUUGAUCUCUUUCCUUAUCAAUUCUGGGCUCAAGCUUGCGAGCUUGCCUUCCUGCCUAUGAAAUAUUCGCAUCUACGACAGCUGCGCCUUCGUCUCGCACGGGGAUACCAGAGUAACAACCCGUAGUUGGGGCUUUCACACCGUCCCGGCAAUCCACCUAUCCUCGCUACGAUAUCGACUUGAGGCUGCGUUCCUCGACCAAUGCGGAGAUCGAUGCGAAUUCAUCCAUGGUCCCUGCGUUGCAGACUCACUCGGUGUGCCGAUCAUCCAAUAGCUCGUUAAACUUUGUCUAUCCUGCCAGAUUUUAGAGAUAGCGAAAAUGGACCCAGACACACGCACUUCCAAUGCUACUACUUG